UGUGUGAGGAACAUUACUAUGGAUUUACUGCCGCUGCUGGUGUUUCUUCUGCUCUGCGCCAUCCAUCAGACCUUCACAGCCGUUUUAGGUAAAAACACAGAAUCCAGAAACCUGUUCACAGAGAGAGCCUGCUGCAGACGCCAAAGUCACAUCAUCUACAUUGGCAAAGAUAUUUCUGGCAGUCCUGUGAAUGUUGAUGUGGGCGUGUGCAGAGCGCAUUGUGACCAAUCAGUGCGUUCUGCAUCACUGGAGGCGGGGCUAAGAGCCUCCAAAUAUUCCUCAAUGCUUGAAUUCCUGAGACACAAAAAGAUGAGGCGUCUGGAUCAGUCCUCAGGAGCUGCAGACUCCAUCAGCGGUUCCCCGUCCUGCGGACUGAGCUCCACCUGCGAGCCGGCUGGGAUGCGUGUGGACCGCGUGAUGCUGUAUGAAGGUCUGCGGGAGGUCGAGAUCAUCGAGGACUGUCACUGCGAAGCCAAAAUGAGCCGGUGUGUCCGAGCGCCAUCACUGAAAACAUACUACUCUGAGACUCCGUACGAGACCGUCAUAGAGGCGGGCAAAUGUGUCGGAUCGAAAGGGGCACCAGAGGGAUUUUCAUGCGUGCCGACUACGUUUGAUUCCACCCUCAUUGAAACUCCAAACAAAGUGGAGUUGAUCCAAACAGUGGCCCAGUGCAAACUAAUGGAGGGAUGUUACAGAAUCCCGUAUGUAGAGUACCACUACGAGAUCACAUACAAUGAUGACGGAGUCAAAGUAGAAAGUCUGAGGGAAAUAGAUGUUGGCAGAUGUUUGGGAAGCUGCACCUCAGGGAGCCGCUGUCUUCUCAGGAGCGCGUCUGACCUCGGUGAAUGUCUGCUGUGGGCUGAAGGGCAGGGCAACGCUUGUGUUCCUCAAGACUACGAAAGCCACACUUUCCUCAGUCAACACGGCCAAAUCCGCACCGUUCUGGCCAUUACUUCCUGUCUAUGCCAGUCUUAAA